UUCUGCGCCCGGCCCCCUCGCGUGAACAUAAAAGCUGCCGCAGGCUGUGGGGCUCCACCACGCCGUUCACCAGCGCCUGGCCAUCUGCUCAUUUGUCGCUUGAGAUCUCCAGCCUUACCGUCGCUCGAAAUGGACCCCAACUGCUCCUGCGCCACUGGUGUCUCCUGCACGUGCGCCGGCUCCUGCAAAUGCAAAGAGUGCAAAUGCACCUCCUGCAAGAAGAGCUGCUGCUCCUGCUGCCCCGUGGGCUGUGCCAAGUGUGCCCAGGGCUGUGUCUGCAAAGGGGCAUCGGAGAAGUGCAACUGUUGUGCCUGAUGUGGGGACAGCUCUGCUCCCAGUUGUAAAUAGAGCAACCUGCAUAACCUGGAAGUUUUUGUCGUUUUUAAUAUAACCCUGAGCCAUUUUCUUUAUUUCUUUUUAUAUUAAAUAUGUGAAUGGCAAUAAAAGGAUUUUGACUUGAAUCUUA